UAAAUGACAACUUGGCCAUUAAUGACCAGUAAUUAGUCCCCGGAGAUAGGGUUUCCAUUCUUAGAACGACAAAGGGCCAGAAACCAGCCAGGUUCUCUUUUUUAUGGGUUCGAAGAAGAACUAGGGACAAACAAGAUAAGACAGAUAUACGAACAUAUCCAGCAAUCACGCGAGGCCUGAGCCGCCACCACCCAAAAAAGUUGUACGUUUUUAAAGCUUGGCUGAUUGUAGUUUGAACGCAAAGAAAAGUAGCCCCCUUGCGCUCUCGCACCCAACUUUUUGCCUGUUUUCUUUUGUCAAGGAUUCCAUCUACUCCUGGAUGGAUUAGUUGGCUGGAACCGGCGAGUCAUUGCUGCCACAGAAUUCAAACCGGGAAAGUCGUUGUCCUGGCAGAUUAAGAAGUAAAAACAGAGAAAUAUCAUCUGUCAAGAUCCUACUCUUCAGCUCCCGUUUACUUUUCCUCUUCCGGCUUGUAAACACGAAAUGGCGAAAGCAGAGUCCAAUGUUAGCGAUGGGUUGACGCUAGAAUUGAUAAGAGAGUCAUUGAUCAGGCAAGAAGACACCAUUGUUUUCAGUCUCAUAGAGAGAGCCAGGUUUCCUUUAAAUUCUCCAACCUACGACAAAUCUUACGCUUCUUCUGUUCCUGGGUCCGGCGGCUCUUUGGUUGAGUUCAUUGUGAAACAAACAGAGGCCAUCCAAGCCAAGGCUGGGAGAUAUGAGAAUCCUGAGGAACAUCCAUUCUUCCCAGAUAAUCUACCACCCUCACAGGUGCCACCUCAGAAGAAUCCUGAGGUUUUGCAUCCUGCAGCCAUGUCUGUAAACAUAAAUAAGAUCAUAUGGGAUAUGUAUUUCAAUGAACUGCUUCCAUUGUUUGUCACUCCUGGUGAUGAUGGAAACUAUGCAUCAACAGCUGCUCGUGAUCUUGAGUGUUUACAGGCCCUCUCCAGGAGAAUACAUUAUGGAAAACUUGUAGCUGAAGUUAAAUUCAGAGAUGAAAGGAAAGACUACGAGCCAGCAAUUCGUGCUCAGGAUAGAGAUACCCUGAUCAAUUUGUUGACCUUUGCUCGAGUGGAAGAAGCGGUGAAGAAGAGGGUCGAGAAGAAGGCAAUGACAUUUGGCCAGGAAGUGACGCUCGGUGAUGAUGGCAACAAGGGGAAGUACAAAGUAAAUCCAGCUAUUGUUUCCCGGCUCUAUGGAGAUUGGGUGAUUCCCCUGACAAAGGAUGUUGAAGUUGAGUACCUCCUCCAUCGCCUUGACUGAGCAUAAUCUCAGUUCCUGAUGAUUCCAACAAAGAUCGUAUUGUGUAAAACCUGCUUGUUGAUUAUUGUUCCAAAUGAAUAAGAUUGUAUUAUGGAAAAAUCGGGCCCGACUUUUCAUAACUCUUGUAACUCUUUGUUUCAAUAACAUCAACUGGUUGAUGUGUUAUUCAUA